ACGGCUGCUUGACCUCCUCCCAGCACAUUCCUGCACUGUGCUCGUGUCCACACCGCCUUGCAGACCUGGCCCCCUGAGCCCACCACAGCCUCCAUGUAAGCCCCUCGGGCUAGGUCUUGCCACCGUGCCAACAGGUGGUCCUGGGCUGGGGGCAGAGGACUCCCUACGGGGCACAGGGCCCCAAGAUCUCAGAGGGAGCCAGGCCCCCAGCGGCCCACCCAAGUACACACCUCUGCCCCCAGCCCCGCUGGUCUUUGGCCCCACUGGUUCCCCCAGAUGCCUGGUUGAGACCCAGCAGUGGCCUGCACUACCGACAGCUUCUCCUGGCCCCCCGAGGUGGGUGCUGCAGCAGACGACUCCCUGGGCACGAGGCAGCUAACAGACACAGCCACCGGCCCAAGCGACAGCGGCAUGGGCAGCGCCAGUCCUGGCCUGAGCAGCGUGUCCCCCAGCCGCCUCCUGCUGCCCCCUGACACCGUGCUGCGGACAGGCCUGGAAAAGGCAGCCGCAGGGGUGGCGGGGCCCGAGAGACGGGACUGGAGCCCCAGCCCGCCGGCCACGCCUGAGCAGGGCCUGUCUGCCUUCUACCUCUCCUACUUCGACAUGCUGUACUCUGAGGACAGCGGCUGGGCUGCCAAGGGUCCCGGGGCCAGCACGCGGGAGGAGCCGUCCGAGGAGCCCGAACAGUGCCCAGUCAUCGACAGCCAAGCCGCCGGAGGGAGCCUGGACUUGGCACCGGGGGGGCUGACGCUGGAGGAGCACUCCCUGGAGCAGGUGCAGUCCAUGGUGGUGGGCGAGGUGCUCAAGGACAUCGAGACCGCCUGCAAGCUGCUCAACAUUGCUGCUGACCCCGUAGACUGGAGCCCUGGCAACGUGCAGAAGUGGCUCCUGUGGACGGAGCACCAGUACCGGCUGCCGCCCGUGGGCAAGGCCUUCCAGGAGCUGGGGGGCAAGGAGCUGUGUGCCAUGUCGGAGGAGCAGUUCCGCCAGCGCUCUCCUCUGGGUGGCGAUGUGCUCCACGCCCACCUGGACAUCUGGAAAUCAGCGGCUUGGAUGAAAGAGAGGACUUCUCCCGGGACCAUCCACUACUGUGCCUCCGCCAGCGAGGACAGCUGGACCGACAGUGAGGUGGACUCCUCCUGCUCCGGGCAGCCCAUCCACCUGUGGCAGUUCCUCAAGGAGCUGCUGCUCAAGCCUCACAGCUACGGCCGUUUCAUCCGGUGGCUCAACAAGGAGAAGGGCAUCUUCAAAAUCGAGGACUCCGCCCAGGUGGCCCGGCUGUGGGGCAUCCGCAAGAAUCGGCCUGCCAUGAACUACGACAAGCUGAGCCGCUCCAUCCGCCAGUAUUACAAGAAAGGCAUCAUCCGGAAGCCGGACAUCUCCCAGCGCCUCGUCUACCAGUUUGUGCACCCCAUCUGAGGGCUGCAGGCCAGGCCAGGCCUUAGGCAGGCCAGGCCUUAGGCCUGAAACUUGCCCUCACUAGUCCUCCCUCCUGCCCGCCCCUGCCUCUGCCGGAGCUGCAGGAGAGGGCAGUGGGCUGGCACUGGAGUCCAAGGUCAGGGAGGCGGCAGCCCACAGCUCCCAGGGGUCUAAGGGAGCUCUCUGGAGCCCAAGGGACCCCAGGGUGGCGGUGCUUCCUCCUUGGGUCUGACUGCUCACAUGCCCGGUCCUCUGGAGGAUGGAAGAAGGAUCCAAGCCAUCCUCAGUAUUCACGGCUCCCCGGGGAAGGCUC